CUCUUUCUUGCAGCGUUGGAGAGGGGGCUUUUGAAAACACUGCAGAAACUGGACGAGUAUCUGAAUUCUCCCCUCCCUGAUGAGAUUGAUGAGAAUAGUAUGGAAGACAUUAAGUUUUCUACACGUAAAUUUCUGGAUGGCAACGAAAUGACAUUAGCUGAUUGCAAUUUGCUGCCCAAACUGCACAUUGUCAAGGUGGUGGCCAAAAAAUAUCGCAACUUUGAUAUUCCCAAAGCAAUGACCGGCAUCUGGAGAUACUUAACUAAUGCUUACAGUCGAGAUGAGUUCACCAAUACUUGCCCCAGUGAUAAGGAGGUGGAAAUCGCAUAUAGUGAUGUAGCCAAAAGACUUACCAAGUAAAGCAGCACUUCUGGGAGAGAUGUCUUCACAUUUUCCCUUAACAGAAUAUGCUUUCCUAACAGACUGCUCCUCUCCCUAGCAGUAGAAACUCUUUUGCAUGAACAUGCAGUUAUUGUUCAAAAUUAGGAUAGAAAGGAUAGACAAGGUAUAGUAGCUGUCUUAAAGUAUACACUCCUAAGCAGUAUUAUUUUGAAAUUCCCUGGACCCGCCUACCUUCCCUACCCAUAGCCUCCUGUCCUCUAAUUCGGAGACACUCCUUCACACACGCUGCAGUUCAGAGGGAGCUUGCCAGCUCCCCGGAGCCCUCACCAUUAUGUCCACUCACUGUGUAUGGACGGCAGGAUUUCUGAGGUGCAAUGUCUAACUGUUGAAAUAGCCAUGACUUCAUCAGUCAGCCCCCAAACUGGUGCAUAAUGCAUGGUACCUGGAGUAUUUAUGUAUUUUUGGAAUUUUAUAAUAUUUAGUAAGAGUCUAUGUAGGGGUUGCUACUGUAUCAGAAAUAAUCUGUUUCCAUUGCAUCUAUCCUGGAUAUGUACUAAAGACUCACCACCAGAGAAGAAGUCCUUUGUAGAAAGUCACUACAGAUUUUCCUAGUUUACUUUGUAGAUGAAUUUUAUUUGACUUUUGCCUGAAAGCAUCUAUCCAUUAUACUAUGUUUAACAGCUGACACGAUGUAUAAGCUAAAUGUUCUCAAGGUCUUUUAUUCAAGCAUUUUUCCCUUCCAGGAGAAGCCGAAAGGCACUGGACAUGCCGCGUCUAAAUCUGUGCUGUGUUCUCUGUAUUUGCCCAGUGCCGUCCACUUGGAACUUCAGUGCUUCUCCCCCAUUGUUUUCAUUGUGAGAGUUCCCUUCUUAGGUAAACGUAGACCUUUGCCACUUAGAGCUCUUUGAGCAUUACUAGAGAAACAUACUUAGUGAUUGAACUACAGCAGUGCAGUGAUCAGUAUGUGAGCAUAAACACGUGAAAGGAGUGGACCUAAGCAAGAGACAGAGGGUAGGCUUGUCAAAAUGUCCAGUCAAAUUUGGCUCCUAAAGCAACUAUUGACGGUAGCUAGUCAAUCUAACAAUGCAUUACCCAUCCGGUAAAACAGAGAGAUCACCAACUUUCCCAUCCCACCUUGUCUCCUGGGCGACUGUAGAUUCCACUGUAGCUGGGAAGAGUCAUCAUCGUCUUCUCUGAUGAUGCCUAAUCUCCGUCAGCACACAUCAGGGAGUCCCAAUUGCUUACAGCCUUGUUGAGGAACAGCACGCUGUGCUUUUGUUUGAACUGGAAGUCUGACCCCAGGAUGCUCUGUGUUCUAAUAGGGGAGGUCAACAUUGCUGAGAAUAAGCAGAAGUUUCUUAUAUAUUUACUCAUUUUUACUUUUCAGUGGAUUUUCUAAAGUACAAUUCCAAAGACUGGUUGUAUCUGUAAUAUGUAUUUUGGUAAAUUUUUAUACCUAACUUGUCUAAGAAGUGCUAUUUCUCAUUGGGUGUCUUUGGAAAUGUUCAGUGUAUUGUUUCAAAUGGCAAAGUCUUCUCCUUUUCUAUGCUGACAUAUAGUAAGCACUGGCUUUGUAGAAACAGCCUGACUUUGAGAUAAGCUUGUGGCAUUCCCCCACCCCCCCACCCCUCCACCAAAAAAAGAGCUUGGUCUAGAACGACCAGAGAAGGCCCACACUGGAUCUGAGCGGACCAGGCAGGUCCUUUGUCUGUUUCUUUGGAACUCUUGAUUGCUGGUCAGAGUUCUGACACCCAUCUCUCAGUAAUUCAGUAUUGGAGAGUGAUUUAUCUGGUUUCAGGAAGAAGUGUUGUCCAGUUUGUCAAGCAGACUCUAAGUUAGAGUUACAUUUUAGUAGUUUCAGUGCACGUGAGAGUGUUCUACCUGUCCCAGCAGCAUUCAGGUGGCUGGGAACCUUGUUCUCUUAUAAUAUUAAAGAUUCAAAAGAGGGCUCUUUGUUCUUUCUAGUGAAUAGUGAACUAUCCAAUGUAGAGGGCAAAAGCGUGACAUUCCUUAAAAUGUAGUGACGAAAACACAGUUGUGAACGCAUUUUCACCUCAGACCUCUCUCCGCAGCAUUGUUUUUAAAGCAUUUAUCCAGUGAGUACACUUGGAGUACAUCUGCAGCUUCAAGGGAGGCAUUUGUCUGUAUGAUUUUGACCAAGGCGGAAUUAUUUUUAGAAAGACAGGUUUUAUCACAUUAUCAGGGAAGAGAGUCAAAUGAAAUGGAGAUUGGCAGAUGGACAGAAUCUGGGGAAAAGGAUGAUCCUGCAACUUCCUAUUACUUCAUUAUGUAUUUGUGGGAAGGUCAUAGCUUACAAUCGUGGGAGAUUUGGGACAUAAAAGUUCAUAGCCAUUCAUGUAGGGGUUGGCAUAAUGGAACCUAUCUGAUAAGCUUCGACAACUACCAAGUCAGUUCUCCUGCAAGUAUUUGAACCCCAUUUAUCUCCUGUGAGGACACGAAUGGAGACCCUAUUCUCUAAGGAAUGCUCUCUACUGUUUCAUUUGAUGUAGUUCCCUUUCCCCUUUUGAUGUCAGUGAGAAAUUGUACACAGUGCUGUUAUCUUCUCUUCCUAGUGCUGUUAUCUUGCGAUAGAAUUGAAAUAAGAUCUCAUUUCGUGGUAACUUUGGCUUUCAUGAUUUGUCCUUAAAUCCUUGUAUAUAAUGAAGACAUUUCUGACAUUUAUUCUUGCACCACAGGGAUAAGUUCUAGAACUUAGGUAUAUUUACUUCUGUUGAGUUUCAGUCUCUAGAGUUGCAUGUAGAUAGAUGCUGUUAUUUCUGUGCAUUAAAAAAACAAAACCCAUUUAGAAAAUGCUACAAAGUAAAAAUGAGAGGAAACAAUGUUUUUUCAGGCACCUUUUUGAUACACACUGCAUUAGAGUUAUUUAACCAGUUUCUUACACAGAUUUUAAUCAGUGUUUUAUUUAAAGAAAGAGCGGGAAGCAUUUCAUUAAUGCGAUGUGGACUUUUUUCUAUUCUACUCUUUUAAAAGAUCAAGGUCUUUUAAAUGAUCAAGGUUGGAACCACCACAAUUAUAUUUUUAUCAUGGGAAAAAAUUUAUAAUUUCCAAGCCAUAAUGUUGAACCAGGAUUAUUCUCUUUGGAAUUAUUUAAAAGGCAAAUGAAACCUUAUUAUAAAAUGCACAUGCUUUCCUUCCUCUCUGUGGAACAUCAUGCACCAGUAUAUUGGUGGCAGCUAUUGUAUUAAAAAAAAUAAAGUAUAUUUUCACUAUCA